GGAACCAGACUCGACGGACCAGAAGUCGGAGCUGCCACGCAGGAAACCGAAAGCUCCGGCAGAAAGCGAGCCUUCUGUGGAAGUUUGCCCGAGGCACAAAAACUUGGCCGCAACUACUCAGAUUACCAGUUGCCAUCGGCAGUUGAGCCUUGAGGAACCUGCCAAGAGCCUCUACCACGCGGAUUGGCUGUUCGACCGGCUUGCGGAGGAAGGCGGAGUUAAAUCCAGUGCAAUUCUGCAGGAUCCGGUUAUGGAGAAGCCGCUUCGGCCGGGGGUCGGAGUUGGGGUGGUGAUAACGAGCCUUAGGCACCCUGGUUGCGUCCUAGUAGCUGGGAAGCAGACCUUCAGCGCAGGUGGAAGAAAUGACAGGAAACGAAGCAAGCUGCCAGAAAGUAGGUUUAUUUACAGAAACCAGACACCAUACAAUACAGCGGAGGUUCCUGGACUAGCUAGUAGUUUCCCAAGUGAAAAUUUGGUAGAAUGUGCAAAGAGAGAAACUUUAGAAGAAGCUGCUUUGCAUCUAACAAAUGUGCAGUUUGCUUCAGUGGUAAAUGCUGCUAGUUUAAAGGACAAUUACCAUUAUGUCACCAUCCUAAUGAAAGGAGAAGUUGAUAUGAAUCAUGAAUCUGAACCAAAGAAUCUGGAACCUGAUAAAAAUGAAAGUUGGGAAUGGGUAAAAUGGGAUGAGUUUCCACCAGCCAAUAAACUCUUCUGGCCUCUACGCUGCUUAAGAGAACAAAAUUAUAAUCCUUUCAAAGAAGAAUUAAAUCAUCUGAUUGGAUACACUGGAAAUCUAUAAGUUAUAUUUUCUGGAUUUAAAACAGACAAUAUAUCAAUCGGCCCCUAUGAAGAGACUUUUGUUAUCAGUGUCAAGUUGUACAUUUGCUCUAAAUACUUGGAACCAACCUGUCAUUACUGCAUGACUGGCACUAAUCAUAUUCCCUCCAAAAGCUCUAUUUUGGCAUAUAGCUUCAGAUUAUUUUUCUUUAUAACAGAUAUUUUAAUACAAUGAUGUAUUCUAGUAUACAGGGGUUAAUGCAUGCUUGUAAUACUUAUGAUUUUGUUAUUGAUCAAAGCAGCUGCAAUAAUGCAUCCUUUAUUUUAUGUUACUUUGCUCUGUUGGAAAAGAUGAUUGUAUAGUAAAAGCAUUAUAGUUGGCCCCAUAAUUGAUAUGAUCCAGUGUAAUCACAAAGGUCCAUAUUUUAAACUCUUCCCAUUCUAAUCCAUUUUGCUUUCUGAUUUAGAAGUAUACCAUUGUAAAGAAGAAAAAAUACCAGCGUGCAAGCCUUUUUUCAUUAUAAAAACCUGUGAAACUUUUCCAAUUAUGAGGAAGAACUAUACAUUUUAUGCAACUAUAUAACUCACAUUGUGUUGUUUCUACUAUAUAGUUAUUUUUGCAUGAUAUGCUGAACCAAAAUCUGUUCAGCCACAUUAGUUCAGUGUAUUGUGUGAAACUUGCCUCUAUGGUUAACUGAAUAAACCAGGAACUAUGAAAAUCCA